AUGUUUUGGUGUUAAUUGGUUAGAAAUAAUGUUAAGUUACAUUUGGGCCAAAAUUGGAAUUAAUGAGAGUUAAGUGGGUGAAAAUGAGAAGUAGGGAAAUAAAAAGAGAUAUAGAGAAGUAGAAGACAUGUUGUCUUAGAAUAGAAGAGAAAAAGAGAUAUUUUGGAGAGAAAGAAGAAAGAAAGCUAGGUUGAAGAGAAAGAGGGAAAUUUGUGGAUUUUGGUAGAAAAGCUUUGCAAACAAGAUCAAAGGUACGAAAGGUAGCGGUGUUGCUAGCAAGAAUUAGUCGGAGAUACUAAUCUUUUUAUUUUGUCAUGGCUAGAUAGUGUAUAGUGCUCUGGUCGUGUAACACUUGGGGUAGACUAAUUGAACAUGUAUUUUGUGUACAGAGAUGUGAUGUAAAUCUCUUGUGCUUUUGAUGUUGUUUCAUAUGAUGUAUAGUGGCUUAGUGCCUAAGACUAUAUUUUGUGAAUGUUGAAGUAUGUAAUUCUUCAUUCUUUAUCAUAUAUGAAAUGUGUGUUUGAUAUCCGCUGCGAGAAUGCAAAUAUGAUAUAUGUUUUCAAAUAGGUGUUAUAACAUGACCAUUGCAUGACAGGUUUUAAAUUUUGUAUGAAAAUAAGUGUGAUGCCCUCUGAAUGCAUUCUUUAUUUAAUUACUCUGUUUGGAUAUUCAUUUAUCUUAUUAAUUGGGGUUUAGAAAAAGGGGGUGUUACAUAGUGGUAUCAGAGCACAGUCGGUCAGUUUGAGUCAGGAUAUUAACUAUGUUUAAUUCCUUUGUUUGAUUUAUGUAUCUGACAUAAUCAAUCUUGUUCUUUUGAUGUGAAUUGUCUAUUGCUUGGAAAAGCAGGACGAUGGCUGGAAGAAACGAUGCUGCACUAGCUACUGCAUUGAUGCAGUUUGCUGGUGCGAUUCCUCAGAUGCUUGCUGGGAAUCGUGAGGGUAAUGAAUUCCGUCCUUUGGAGAAGUUCCAGUUGAACCAUCCUCCAACUUUUGAGGGUACUCAUGAACCUGACAAGGCUCAAUUGUGGUUGAAGGAAAUUGAGAAAAUCUUUCGGGUUAUGAACUGUACUGAUGCUCAGAAAGUGCAGUUCGGUACUCACAAGCUAGAGAAGGAGGCGGAAGAUUGGUGGAACAAUACUGCUCAGAGGUUUUGUGAUGAUGGAACGGUUGUCACUUGGGAAAUUUUCCAUGAGGCUUUUCUGGAGAAAUAUUUUCCCGAAGAUGUUCGUGGGAAAAAGGAAGUUGAAUUCUUAGAGUUGAAGCAGGGUAACGGUACUGUUGCUGUGUAUGCUGCAAAGUUUGAGGAGCUAAUCAAAUUUUGUCCUCACUACAACACUACUAAUGCUGAGAAGUCUAAAUGCUUGAAGUUUGUGAACGGUUUGAGGCCGGACAUUAAGAAAGCUAUAAGUUACCAACAAAUCGCUCGAUUUUCUGAGUUGGUGAACAAGAGCCGAAUCUAUGAUGAAGAUAGUCGUGAUAGUACGGCUUACUUUAAGUCAUUGAAUGAGAAGGGAAUUUUCGUGGAAAACCUUAUGAUGGGAAAGGGAAGCAGAAAAUGGGUUUUGGCAAGAAACUAAGUGGGGGAGAAGCUCGUACUUCGAACAGGUGUUUCAAGUGUGGUGAAGAAGGUCACCGUAUUGCUAAUUGUCCUAGUGUGGAGAGGAAGUGUCAUAAGUGUGGCAACAUGGGUCACACGGCUAAUGAGUGUAGAGUUGGUUCUAAUGUGACUUGCUACAAUUGUGGUGAGAAAGGUCACAUUAGUACUAAGUGUGACAAGCCAAAGAAAGAACAAGCCAAAGGGAAGGUGUUUGCAUUGACUGGUGCUGAGACUUCAGCA